AUGCCACCUGCUCGUGAGGUGGAUUUUACUAUUGAUAUUGUGUCAGGCGCCGAGUCAGUAUCAAGAGCCCCAUAUCGCAUGGCACCGUUAGAACUCGCUGAACUUAAAUUGCAACUACAGGAAUUAUUGGAUAAAGGUUACAUUCGUCCUAGUACGUCGCCUUGGGGUGCUCCAGUUUUAUUUGUGAAAAAGAAAGAUGGAAGCUUAAGAUUGUGUAUUGACUACCGUGGGCUGAAUAAAGUAACGGUAAAGAAUAAAUAUCCUCUUCCGAGAAUUGAUGAUUUAUUUGAUCAACUGAGAGGUGCAAGUGUAUUCUCCAAGAUUGACUUGAGGUAUGGAUAUUAUCAACUAAGGGUUGCAGAGCAUGAUAUUCCUAAGACAGCCUUUCGCACUAGAUACGAUAAAAAGACACAUGCAAAACAUUUGCGUGUGACACUAAAUACACUGCGUGCGAGGAAGUUAUAUGCCAAGUUAUCCAAAUGUGAGUUUUGGUUGAAAAAGGUUGCUUUCUUGGGGCAUGUAGUUUCUGGUAAGGGUAUCUCAGUAGAUCCUUCUAAAGUUGCGGCAAUCUCGGAUUGGCCAAGACCUACCAAUCAAUCAGAAGUAAGAAGCUUUUUGGGUUUGGCAGGGUAUUACCGAAGAUUCGUUCUUGAUUUUUCGAGGGUUGCGAAGUCAUUAACUAAUUUGCUGAAGAAUGACACAAUGAUUAAUUGGGAUCGUGAAUGUGAGUCCUCUUUCUUAGAAUUGAAACAUCGAUUAAUUUCAGCACCAAUCUUGGCUUUACCAGUAGAGGGUGAGGAUUUUGAAGUUUAUAGUGAUGCUUCGAAAAGGGGAUUGGGAUGCGCCUUAAUGCAGAAUCAAAGAGUUAUUGCUUAUGCGUCACGACAACUAAAACCUUAUGAAGAAAAUUAUCCUACACAUGACCUGGAGAUUGCAGCAGUACUAUUUGCUUUGAAGAUUUGGAGGCACUAUCUUUAUGGUGCCCAUUGUAGAAUGUUUACUGACCAUCAGAGUAAAACAAAUGUUGUAGCUGAUGCCUUGAGUCGAAAACCAAGGCAUAAGUUGGGUUAUAUGUCAGUUUCUGAUGAACUGUAUCAAGAUCUAGCACGGAUGGAAAUUGAAGUAAAAGCAGAACAUCAGGGACCGAUGGGGUUGCUACAGCCUUUAGAAGUUCCGCUCUGGAAAUGGGAUUCUAUUGCAAUGGAUUUUGUGAUAGGACUUCCAAGGGCGAAGUCGGGAACAGAUGCAAUUUGGGUGAUUAUAGAUAGAUUAACUAAGUCAGCAGUGUUCAUCCCACUUCGUAGGUAUGUCGCAGAUCCUUCUCAUAUUUUAUCUCCGGAUGAGUUAGAGCUAAAUGAGGAUCUUUCAUAUGAGGAAAUGCCUCUUGGGAUCAUGGACACAAAGGUUCGAACUACGAGGAACCGAGAUAUUCGUAUGGUGAAGGCUUUAACCCCAACCAUUCGACCCUACUGUACUAACCCCGAAGAUUCUAAUCGGAUGAGGGAAGUGCUAGGAGGCGGAAACCCUUUAGCCAUUAACAAUCCUGCUUAUAACUCUGUCCGUAUAAACGACAGUAUUAAAACCCAUAUAAACGAUCCCAAAGAGCCCUAUCGUACCUGGUACACCAGGGUAGCUGAACGUUUCCAAGAACAAUGGAAACUCCAACAUAUCGACCAAGCUAUCUUCCUAUCCACCCUCCCCUUCCAUUUGCACGAGAAGGUGUUGUUGGCCAUGGCAGCCUUCUGGCAUACGGAAAUAGGGGCCUUCUGCCUGCCAUUGGGCCCCAUUGGCCCGACCCUGAUGGACGUGGCCCUGAUCGCCCACCUCCCUAUCGUGGGUGAGGAUCUGGUAUCGGGCUCCUUGGACGGGCGGGAGCCCGCAGCAGACCACCUCGGGUGGUCGCUGGCAGGAAUAAAAGAAUGGAGCUUGACGAAGUUCACAACCGACCAAUAG